GCUCCCCUCUCCCAGCUCCGCCCCUCCAGCUCCGCCCCCUCCAGCUCCUCUUAGCUCCGCUCCUCCCGGUGUCGGCCAGUCGCGCUUUCCAGCUUUCGCCACAGGCUCCCGAGUUACCGCCGCCUCCGCCGCCCCGCGCCGCCUGGAGCCCCGCGCCUGACCAUGCCCAACAUCGUGCUCUUCAGCGGCAGCUCGCACCAGGACCUGUCCCAGCGCGUGGCCGACCGGCUGGGCCUGGAGCUGGGCAAGGUGGUCACCAAGAAGUUCAGCAACCAGGAGACCAGCGUCGAGAUUGGCGAAAGUGUGAGGGGAGAAGAUGUGUACAUCAUCCAGAGUGGCUGCGGAGAAAUCAACGACAACCUGAUGGAACUCCUCAUCAUGAUCAACGCCUGCAAGAUCGCGUCAUCCUCCAGGGUGACCGCUGUGAUCCCGUGCUUCCCCUACGCCCGCCAAGACAAAAAGGACAAGAGUCGUGCUCCGAUUUCGGCGAAACUCGUGGCCAAUAUGCUCUCGGUCGCUGGGGCGGAUCACAUCAUCACCAUGGACCUGCAUGCCUCUCAGAUCCAGGGGUUCUUUGAUAUCCCUGUGGAUAACUUGUACGCGGAGCCCGCGGUCCUGCAGUGGAUUCGGGAGAACAUCACCGAGUGGAGAAACUGCAUCAUUGUUUCACCUGACGCCGGGGGCGCCAAAAGGGUCACGUCAAUCGCAGACAGGUUGAAUGUGGAAUUUGCCUUGAUUCACAAGGAGAGGAAGAAGGCGAAUGAAGUGGACCGGAUGGUGCUGGUGGGCGACGUGAAGGACCGCGUGGCCAUCCUUGUGGAUGACAUGGCCGACACGUGUGGCACCAUCUGCCACGCUGCGGACAAGCUACUCUCGGCCGGAGCCACCAAAGUUUAUGCUAUCCUUACCCAUGGGAUCUUUUCUGGGCCAGCUAUUUCCAGAAUAAAUAAUGCUGCCUUUGAGGCUGUUGUUGUGACAAACACUAUUCCCCAAGAGGACAAAAUGAAACACUGCUCCAAGAUUCAGGUUAUUGACAUUUCGAUGAUCUUGGCCGAGGCGAUUCGAAGGACCCACAACGGUGAAUCUGUGUCUUACCUGUUCAGCCACGUCCCACUGUAAAUCCAGGAUGUGAGGUGUGGAAGCAAGCCUGCUCUGGCUUCUGACUUGCGUGCAUUUGUCUGAUUUAUUAGCUUUAGGACUAAGCAGUUACAUUAAUGCAAAAGCAUCAGAUCUUUGUAUACUCCGAGGUCCGCUGGUUUUCCCCCUCUUAAAGCUCUCGACCAUUUAUUUUCAGUUUGGUGGGGAGGGCAGUGGUUAUUUGAUCAUUAAGUGAACAGUCUUAAAUGAGAAAUGUUUUUGUUAUCGUGAUUUGUUCUGGUAGGUGACCUUUUUUUCCUUUGUUCUGUCAGUGCUUUGAGGCCACAGCUUUCAAGUUUAUAAUUCCAUUGUGGAAGUUCAUAGUUUAUGUAUUUCAGGGUUACCAAAGGUCAGCUCAGAUUAAAGCCUCUGUGUAAAUAUAAAAUGAUAAUGCCUAUGGACAUCCGGGUGAAACCCUGUAGAGAAUUAGCCUUUUGCUUCUAAGUGAACCUUAGAGAAUUUAUAAUACCCUGAAUUUUGAGUAUUUGUUUUAGUGAUCAGGUUUCCAAUAAACCAUUUUGGUUAUUAUGCUUAAUUUGGACCAAAUUUUAUGUAGCUGAAGAUGGCCACUGACACGUUUAUUUCUGGUAAACAUUAGACAUAUCAGAGGCAAUGUAGUUCGGUAUUUUUUUAUUGCCACUUCUAAAAAUCAUAACUGUCACUUAUCUGAAAUACCUUGUUCUAAAAUUCCAAAAUUAGGUUCGGCAAUAGAGCUGACUGAGAAACUGUUUUGAGAUAGUCUGCAAGUUCACUGUCACAUUCAUGCUGUGUCCAUCCCAGAUACACCUCAUGUCCUGCCAUCUUGUUUUUUUUUAAUGUCCUGUUUUUAGCUCUAGCUUUUACUUUGCCUUUUUUCCAAGAGUUUCAUGUUGUGGAUUUCCAUCACAACAAAGGCUUCUUCCCUAAGUCCCCUCACAUUUACUGGUCUGAUGUCUGUUUUGCUUUUGACGUGAGAAAAAGGUGAAUUGUU